AUGCCUGUCACAGCCUUUUCCACGCCGGAGAAGUAUACCUACCAGAACGGCUUCGGCUCCUACCACGAGACCGAGGCCGUUAAGGGAGCCCUGCCAGUUGGCCAGAAUUCUCCUCAGAAGCCUCCAUUUGGACUGUACGCUGAGCAACUAUCCGGGACGGCCUUCACGGCUCCUCGACAUGAGAACCUGCGGACAUGGCUGUACAGGAUAAUCCCCGCAGCGUCUCACCGUCCGUUUGAGGAGGUUGACGCCUCGACCUAUCAUACCAGCCUGAGCAAGGAUGCUACUUCGCUCCGCCAGAUCCCCAACCAGCUCCGAUGGAACCCCUUUGAUCUCGACGAGAAGGUUGACUGGGUUCGCGGCCUGCACCUGGUUGCUGGUGCCGGUGAUCCUGCCACCAAGCAUGGACUGGGCAUUCUGCUCUUCGCCGCUGGCAAAGAUAUGGGCAAAGAGGCCUUCUACUCUGCAGACGGUGACUUUUUGAUCGUUCCUCAGCAUGGAGUUUUGGACAUCCAGACCGAGCUGGGCAGAAUCCUUGUCCGUCCUAACGAGAUCUGUGUUAUUCCCCGAGGCGUCCGCUACCGGGUUACUCUUCCGGAGGGCCCUGUCCGAGGAUACAUCUGUGAGCUGUAUCAGGGCCACUAUCAACUUCCAGAGCUUGGCCCCAUUGGAUCCAACUGCUUGGCCAACGCCCGCGACUUCCAGGCUCCCAUCGCUUCCUUCGACGACGAGGAGGAGCCGUCCGAAUACACCAUUCUCAGCAAAUUCAACAACACCCUCUUCCGCGCCACUCAGCCUCAUACUCCCUUCGAUAUCGUCGCCUGGCAUGGCAACUACUAUCCUUUCAAGUACGAUCUAGGCCGGUUCAACACAAUUGGAUCCAUCUCCUACGACCACCCCGACCCAUCCAUCUUCACCGUGCUCACCGGCCAGUCCGACCACCCCGGCACGGCCAUCGCCGACUUUGUCAUCUUCCCCCCGCGCUGGCUUGUGCAGGAAGACACUUUCCGGCCCCCGUGGUACCACCGCAACACCAUGUCCGAAUUCAUGGGCUUGAUCAGUGGAGACUACGACGCCAAAACGGCAGGCGGUUUCAAGCCGGCCGGGGCAAGCUUACAUAACGUCAUGAGUGCGCAUGGCCCAGACGCAGCCAGCCACGAAGGCGCUUCCAACGCCGAGCUCGCGCCGAAGAAGGUUGGCGAGGGCAGCAUGGCCUUCAUGUUCGAAAGUUGCUUGAUGGUCGGUGUUUCUGAGUGGGGUCUGAAGACCUGCCAGAAGGUGCAGGAUGACUACAACGAGGAGAGCUGGACGCCAUUGAAGAGGUACUUCAAGAACCCAAACAAGAAGUGA